AUGUCCAAUAACACCACAGAUGCAAACACUUACGUUUGGAAGGCGUACAGGUACACACCUUCGAAAGUCCUUGCCAUUGUGGCCGUUGUUCUUUUCAUAGUCGCCACUUUGGUGACGUUUGUCCAGUUCAUCAGAGCGCUUGUCAAGGCUCCUGCCAAUACCGGUGCCAGAAGACGCAUUUGCUCGAUGAUCCCCUUCAUCUUGGGUGGCCUUUUUGAAGUCAUCGGUUACAUUGGAAGAGCCGCCUCCCACAACGACACACAGGCUUUGGGCCCAUACAUUAUCCAGGCGAUUUUGUUAUUGGUUGCGCCUGCCUUGUUUGCUGCUACAAUCUACAUGACAUUGGCCAGAAUCAUUGUCCAGUUGAACGCCCAGCACCAGUCUGUGAUUCGUGUGAAUUGGCUCACAAAGAUUUUCGUGGUGGGUGACGUUCUUUCCUUUCGUUUUGCAAGGUGGCGGUGGAGGUGCCCAGUCAGGCGGCAGUCUUGA